CUCGGGGUUGUUUGUUUGUCGCAUUGGCUGGGGAUCAAACUCUUCUCUAAUCUUUCGGUUGCUCAAAGCAUGAGCACAUCUUUCGUCAGAUUUAGCAAUCACUUCUUAUCGUUACCCCUGACUCGAGUUUGCGAGGUGAUCGGUUGUACUAAUCUGGUAGGUGCCCUUUUGCGUUGGUUUAGUUUUCGAGAAGCAUGGCUAAAAGAGGGUCGAGAAAUGGUCUGGCGGCCACGGUUCUGAUGGACACCAAUAAUCAGAAAACCCACUAUUUUAUUGAUCCACGAAAGCGUCAGAAGACCGGAGGUCCGUUGAGUUCGUUGGCCAAUGUCUUUAAUGUGUUGGGACCCGAGUCCAAGAAGAAUACUCAUAAAACACCAUUCAAUCCUUUAUUGAAUACCAAAGAAUCCAGUCAGCAUGUAAAGCAUCGGUAUAAUCUAUACAAUCAGGUUUGGCAGAACCAGUUGGAAAAGAUUGAUUUCAUACUUAAUAAUACCAAUACUCAGUUAUUUCAAGAUUUAUUGAGUUAUAUCAAGCAACCGCCGGUGGUGAAGGAUGAUUUUAGACGCGUUAGUCGAAUUAUCAAGACCCAAUCACAUAAGCUUCCAGUUGGGUUUUUAUCGCUUACUUCUAACACCGCUAAUAACACUAGGAUCUUACAAGAGUUGUUGCAGUUUUUGCAUGAGCAAAAUGAACUGGACGAUUCGCUUGAUUUAAAAGCGGUUAGUCUUAAUUCUAAAAACUGCGUUCAUGCAAAAGCUGCCCUGAGAGAAACAAUUCGUCAAUUUUUAAACUUAAAGGUCAAAAAGCCAGUACCUAAUCAAGUCAUAUCUGUUGCCGAAGCAUCGGAAGAUGAAGAUGAAGAAAAAGAAGAUGAAGAAAAAGAAGAUGAAGAAAAAGAAGAUGAAGAAAAAGAAGAUGAACAAAGAGACGAGGAAGAAGAUGGGUUUGAUGAAGAUCAAAACGAUGAGCAAGUCAUGGCAACCUUAAAGGGUAGGAUUUCUUAUGAUCUUGAUAUUCUCGAAGAAUGGUGUAAUAAUCAUUAUCGUAAAACUAACACUGACGUUUAUAAUACAAAUUUAAGAAUCAUAAUCAUAGUGGAGGAAGCCGAUUCGGUUGAUAACGAUGUUUUGAAUCAGUUAAUCAAAUUGUUCCACUCUUAUUCAAACAGGUUGCCAAUCUACUUUUUCAUGGCAUUAUCUUCAAGUAAUGUGAGUAAUUGGAUCAAUACAAACUUGAAUAAUACUUUAAGAACUAUUAUUAAUGGUAUUAAGUUUGAAUCAAAUGAUAAUAAGGAUUUAGGUUAUGAUGUUUUAAGUAAAUUGUUCUUAAACCAUGAAAUCACCCCUGAUGCUCCAAUCUCAUUAGAUUCAAGAUUGGCUCUGAUCAUUUUAAAUCGUUUUGAAAAUUCAAAUAAUUCAAUUGAUAGUUUAGUAGCUUCUUUGAAACUAAGUUACAUGAUUUAUUUCUAUCAGUCUCCCUUGUCAAUUUUAGUAGAUUCCAAAUUUGAACCAACACAAUUACAUAUCGACUCUUUGAGAAAACUACCUUCAUUCAAAAAGGUAGUUGAAUUCAAAUUACAUCAAUUUACAGAAUUGAAAAAAGAAUUGGCUGAUGAUAGACUUACAUUAGCGGAGCUAUAUUCAGAAAAUGAUGAAAGAUUCCAAGAAAAAGAAAACACCAUUACAAAAUUGAAAGAUGAGAUUAAAGCCUUACUUAACUCAAAUGAUAAAUCAAAAGAAUUGUUAGCAAAUGCUAAAAAAGAUUUCCAAAUUUAUAGAAAUUCAAUUAUAAAUGCUGUUAAUUUAUUAUACAAAUUCGAUCCAUUCCAAAAAGAAAAGUUUGAAAUCUAUAAGUUAAUCACUAAUAAUCAGUUAAUCAACUCAGGGUACCUUAGUGAUUGUCUUCGUUCAGUCAAAAAUUUACCUGUGGAAGAUGUUCAAGAAUUGUCAAAUUAUAUUCUCGAAUCAGACGAUAUAAGAAGUGUCUUGAAUGAAAAAAAUAUACAGCAAGAUUUACGAAAUCUUCUCACCAAGUACUUUAAUGGGAAUUCUCAUUUGAACAAAAAAAUUAAUGAUAAUUUAUUUAAUGAAAUUUUGACCAUCGACGGUGGAGUCAGUGAAUUGGAAUUAUUGAAACCUCUGAAGUUUGUCGAAGAAAAUUUAGAUAACUUAAUGAUAAAUCUUGUCAGACCAAGUUUGAGAAGUGUUCUUGAAUUAGGACUUAACGAUUCUAGCGCCUACUUGAACAAUGACUUAGUCAAGACUGAUACAAAAAGUGAACUACCAAGAAACAGUUUAUCGCCAAUGGUUUCAAGACUUUACAAUAUUUAUAAAGAUGCUCCCAUUUCUAUUAAUCUUUACGAUUUUUACGUUGCCUUCAAACAGUCUUUGUUAAAAUCUGAAAUUAUAAAUGAGUUAUCUUCGAAUGUCGAUAAAUUGGCCUCCGACAAGGAUGCCUAUUCAAAAAUAUACUUGGAUAUAGUUAAACAAUUGAGAAGCGACGAAAUAGAGGAUACUACCUGGAAUAAACUAACCUAUGCUUGGUUCUUGCAAAGUUGUUUUGAGUUAGUUGCAAUGGGGUUCCUUAAAGAGAAAACUAAAAAUGACUUUCUUGAAAAGGGGGUUUGGAAGAAUAUUUAG